AUGGCGUCCCGGCCCCGCCUCAACGCCGACAUCCUCCACCACCUCUUCACUCACUUCCUCACCCGCCGCGACCGCAGCGUCUGCGCUCAAGUCUGCCGCGCAUGGGAACACAUCGCGACGCCCAUCCAGUGGCGCGCUCCCACCGUCUCCGUUUCCAAUGUCGAGAGUAUCGCUGAUAUCCUCGGUCUGCAGUCAAUAAAUCACGUCGCUAGGAAAUUCACGCGGUCGGUUUCACGAAGUCGUGGCGUGUCGCGAUCCCGGGAUUUGAACGCGAAUAUGGGUGGGAAUGGGAGGGAUGCGGCGCGCGCGCGGUUCAUUGUGAAUCUGGUGAGGAGGUUGACGCUGAGGGUGGAAUAUACAGGCCCGGCGUGGGGCGUGUGGAGGGACGAGGCGAAAUGUUGGGCCGAGUUUUGUGGGCGGUUGGAGCUGGUAAUUAAGUGUUUGGGCGUUGUGAGGGAUGCGGGCGUUUUGGAGCAUGUCCACCUCAUCUUUAACAUCCACCUCGGCCACCUCAACCAUACGUCCCCCAUGCUCAACCACCUCGCCACCCUCCUGGAUACCCUCUUCACCACCCACCUCGCCCUCCGCCACACCUCCCUCACAUCCCAGAACCCACGCCCACUCACCCUCCACCUAACCUACAACCUCCCCACUGCCCCUCUCCUGCAACCCCACAUCCACAGUCUCUCAUCCACACACUCCACCCACGCCGCGCACCUACACGCCCUCACAAUCCACGGCGAGUGGGCGACGGAAUCCGAUCUCGUUGCCGUGCUCAGUUCCGCGGUGCCGCCGCCGUCGCAUAGAAGGGGGUCGGAGUUUGAGCUGAAUCUUGUGGGGUGUGUGGUGAGUGAUGCGGUUUGGGAGGCGCUUGUGAGAGGGUUCAAUGAGGGCGUGUUUGGCGUGGGAGAUGGGUGGGCUGGGUCAGGUGUGGGUGAGGGGAGGAGGGGACGGAGGCAGAGGAGGAGGAUGCGGAAUCGGUCGGCUACGCCUGGUAGUGUGGAAGGGUCAUCGUCAGCGUCAUCAUCAUCUACCACUACGACAAACACGCUCACCCCACCAUCCCCAACCUCCUCGUCAUCAUCCCCACCCGCACACCCACCAACCCGCCGCCUCCGCCUCCUCACCAUAGCCUCCUCAGCCCUCUCCAACCCACUCAAUGCAACCCGCGCAAUAGAGGUCCUCGCCGCCUGCGCCAACUACGUCAGGUGUCUUGCCACCCCGCCCACCCCAAGGACGCCGGGCGGUGGGUCGUGUGCGAAGUUGGUGCCGUGGAGGGAGGAGGAGGGGGAGGUCGGGGUUGUGGGGAUGGCGUUCUGA